GUGAAGCGAGGGGAGAGGAGGAUUGCAAGGAGGGCCCCGAGCGUGAUGAAGAAGAUUGGCAGCAUGCAUGUUGCCAGGUCUCCAAUGCAGACGAAGGUAACAUGAAUAAAGAGCAAGCGCUACAGGAACAGCAAUUUGAAAUCGCAAGCAUGGAAUCACCAAUGCGCAUGAUGCUGCUGGAUGCCGUUUUCACAGACGCUCCGGCUUCCGUAUCCGCCACGCCGCCUUCGGUGCUACUUUAUGGACUAAGCUCAGGAGGUGAAAGUAUUGCAGUUCAGGUGAACGAUUUUAUGCCCUAUUUCUGGUUUCCGGCCCCUGUGGGCAAUAUCGAUGGGAAGAUUGUGCCUUUAAAGGAAGGCUGCUUGGAAACCGUGAAAGAAUAUCUCAACCGCAAACUGCAGACCAGCCGUAAGAAAAGUGCUGAUUCCAAUGAUCAAUUUGUUGCUGCAAUUGAAAUGGAGCACAGGACACCACUUAUGUAUUACCGUCGUGGAGGACCAUUUUCGUUUCUGAAGGUGCAAGUCUGGAGGGAUAAAGAAAUAGGUUUAGUUGCAAAGGAGCUAACGGCCCUAGCUGAGGGAAACGAGAUGCGGGGCGAAGGCCUCGUUUGGAAGGAUCAUACUUCUCAUGAAGAAAAGAUUAAAUUGGGCAUGCGAUUUUUUUGUGACACAGGUAUAGCAGGAGGGUCGUGGGUGGAAAUAAAGCAAGCUGUGACAAUUCCUCAUGACCAAUAUAAGACGAGGUGCUCCGUGGAGCUUGUUGCAUGUUGGGAGAAUCUCACUGGCUUAACCCCAGAUGCGACACACCAUAUGGAGUUCAUGGAAUCGGCCUAUGGGGUUUCAUCUGUUCCUCAUAACAGCGAGGCUUCUGGUACGCAAAACAGUAGAGAAAUUCUUCUGGACAUGUAUGAUCAAAGUGAUACAUCACUCCCUGAUGAGGAUGACCUCCCGGACUUCACACAGAUUAAAAGUAAGACGAGCACAUGGGAGCCACCGGCCCCUAUUGCUUCAAGCAGCAACAUUUCUUCUUCCUUGCCCUCGAAUUCUAGGAAGGCUACUUGGGAUCUAAUCGCCCCAUUACGGAUAGUUGCCUUACAUGUUCAGUGCUCUGGAGGUGGAAAAAUGUUGCUUGAAACCAAAGGAAGCAAUAAUGUUUCUCCAGUUAAAAGUGGAAAAGGUAACAGUAGAGGCAGAGGCAGAGAUAGAGGUAGAGGUAGAGAAACAGGGAAAUCUGAAUCACUGGGCAGCCUCAGUAUGUUAGGGAGUGCCAGUAGCAGAAUCGAACCAGGUUUUCCUGGGCUUGAGGAAGCCAGUAUCGCUGAUAUUGAGGGACUGUCCAAUUUAGUAGGUGGAGGCUCGGCAAUUCCAUCAAGAGAUCCAGUGCUUGUGAUAUCGCAUAUCCUUCACUUUCAAGGGCAUCAAGAUGGGACAAAACAAGUUGUCUUCACACAUAGCAAGGGUCCGCAAGAGGGAGCACUUCCAGGAGUUGAGUUACGCAUGUUUGAUUCUGAGAUUGUCAUGUUAAGAGCAUGGCAUAAGUACUGGUAUUUGGAAGUCGAUCCGGAUAUUGUCUGUGUGUAUCAAAUGAAAAAAAGCUUACGGUAUUUAGCGGAACGUUUCAAGGUUCUAAAGUUGGGAACUUUUGAUCUUGGUCGAAGGAUGGGUCAAACAACUGAGGUGAAAUCAGUUGUGACUUACGGAAAACAUUGGAUAAAGAAGCAGGCUCGCAUGUCAUCUACGUCGAAUCAGGAGGUCUUCAGGGCCUACAUGGAAGGACGACUGGUUAUUGACAUGCUUCGAGUUGUAUUAGUGUCUUUUAAUCUCUCCACUUUCACUUUGGAAGAGUGCUCUCAGGUAUUUCUAGGCGCCCCGAAAGAGGCACUCUCUACGGCUGCAGUAUCAGAGCUUUGGCAAGGCAAGUAUGGAGGCCUAAGACGACUUCUAUUAUACUCACUUCAUGAAGCUGAGGUUGUUCUUAAACUUAUGGAGAGGUUGCAAACGAUUCCAGAGACAGUGGAGAUGGCAAGAGUUACUGGGUUGACUCUCUCAGAUGUCCUCUACAAAGCUCAAAUGGUGCGAAUCCAAAGCUUGCUCUUACGAAGUGCACGCAAAGAAGGUUGGCUCUUAGGAGGAACAACUUUAAAUGGGCAAUUGUCGGAGAGUCCUUUUUUGUUACAUCCAAAAGAUAAUCACACUGCUGCAUUUUAUCAGGAUCCUGUUGCAAUCUUAGAUUUUGCUUCGCUUUACCCAUCAUUGUUUAUGGCUUAUAACCUGUGUUACACAACGUUGGUACAUCCUGAAGACGCUAAAUCAAUUCCUUCUCAUCAGCUCAUAACCAGUUUAACCGGUGCUCAAUUUGUGGUGUCAUCUGUUCGACGAGGUGUUUUACCCCGGAUUUGUGGUGCUUUGAUUACAGCACGCAAGCAAGCUAGAGAUCGUAUGACUCAAGAGCAUAUUAGUUCUGAAGAGUAUGCUGUAUUGGAUGGGAGACAAAAGGCAUUGAAGCUCUGCUCAAAUGCUUUAUAUGGGUUCACAGGUGCGAGUGCAUCACCUCAACAGGCAGUUCCUUUGGCGGAUACUUGUCUGAGCAUGGGGGCAGCCUCCUGUAAGCAAGCUGUGCAGCUUGUUGGGAGUAUUUUUGAGAAGGUGGAGGUUAUCUAUGCGCAGACCGACAGCGUGUUUGCUCACUUCAAAGACGUCAGCAUAGAAGAAGCUAUCAAACUCGGCACACAAGCUGCUGAGAUAGUCUCUCAAGCCUUUCCCUCUCCCAUUGUUCUAAAAUUCGAAAGGGUUCUGUGUCCUUUUCUCCUCCUCCAGGUGAACAGGUACGCCGGCAGGCAGUACACUUGCAGCCAAGGAAACGAAGGCCAGGGUACAUUAUUUGUGAAAGGCAUUGAAUCCGAAAGACGUGAUGUGCCCAGAUUUGUCCGAAAAAUCUGCAAACAAGCGUUGAUUGACGUUCUUGUGGAAAAUGAUGUACCACUCGCUUAUGUAAACUGCAAGAACUCCAUACGACGGAUGGUAGCAGGCAAGUCGAGCUUGUAUGAUUUUAUAAUGACUGGGGGUCUCUGGAGGGUGGAUGAUCACGAUAUUACAAAACUGGUCGAAAAGACGAAGAGUUCCCACAAGCAUGUCGGGGCAUCCACUGCAGAAGAAGGGCGAGGCCCUCAUGUGGCUCUCUCUGUGAGGUUGAAACGCAAGAAUCCCGAUCGUCAGUUUCAUAUUGGGGAGAGGAUACCUUAUGUGCUAAUGGCUAACUCAAGCAAACUUCAGGAUGACAUGGCGGAAGAUCCAAUUGAGGCUCUCAUCGGAGGCAGUCUGGUGAAUACACACGUGUAUCUUGAAAACAAGCUCCGCAAGCCUCUAGAAUCUAUAUUGGAGUUUGUAGUGGACUCUGCAGCACUGAGGGAAUUGUUCACUGGUAGUCAUACUGUUCCUCCUCCAUCUGCAUCAGCAGGUGCCCCUAACCGGACACAGGGCUUAGUUAGUAGCUUCUAUCGACCCAAGUCUCCCUGUGUCAUUUGCAGGAAACCGCUGGAAACCGCGCAAGGGGCUCUGUGUAAAGAGUGUACUUUGGCAGGUUAUGCACAAAAUGCAACUACUGCUAUAUUCCUUGAGACUGCUGAGCAGGAGGUUAAGGUAAAUGGAGCUCAUGUGGAGUGUAUGAGGUGCCAUUCGGGAGGGCAUUUUCAGUCUGUCCUUUGUACGAACUCUGACUGCCCAGUCUUCUACAUGCGUUAUGAAUGCCCUCGAAUCCUUUCACACAUUGAGUCCACUCUUAUCAAGCUGGAUCAUCAGUUCAAGCUUGAGUAGAGAAACUUGAUUGGGGUUUUAGCUCGCUAUACUCUUUCCCGACGCUUGGGACAUAAUUUGGUGAUUAUUUGGAAAUCUUUGUUGACUGAUGUAGAUGUUUCACGAUAUCAAUAGGUGCAUCUUAUGUGUAAAAUGUACUUUUUGUUCAACUUCAACCCGCACUAACUUUUAUCCUGGUCA